GCGCCCCGCGCCGCGCCGUGGCAGCCCAACUCCGGCUAGCUUGGAGGGAAUCUUCGGGAGCCUCCCUUCACCCCCACUUCUGGGGUCACUGCCAAUCAGGCAGUCCAGGUUCAGAUGCUCUUUGUCGGGUGGUCCCACUGCCCACUCCUUCCCUAACUAGGGGCUCAUGCCCCAGAACCCUCAGGAGAAGAGCCAAGCCUACCCCCGUUGCCGCCCUGGGAGCCGCGCAAACCGUAAGAGCCCCAAGGUCAUCGCAGCUGCAGCUAUGUACACCUUCUUGCCUGAUAACUUCUCGCCGGCCAAGCCCAAGCCCUCCAAAGAGCUGAAACCGCUCCUAGGCUCCGCGGUCCUGGGGUUGCUGCUGGUGUUGGCCGCAGUGGUGGCCUGGUGCUACUACAGCGCCUCUCUACGCAAAGCGGAACGCCUGCGCGCGGAGCUGCUGGACCUCAACCGAGGCGGCUUCUCCAUCCGCAACCAGAAGGGCGAGCAGGUCUUCCGCCUGGCCUUCCGCUCAGGCGCACUGGACCUCGACUCCUGCAGUCGCGACGGCGCGGUCCUUGGUUGUUCUCGCACAGCCGAUGGGCGCCCCCUGCAUUUCUUCAUCCAGACUGUGAGGCCCAAGGAUACGGUCAUGUGCUACCGCGUGCGCUGGGAGGAGGCAGCUCCAGGGCGCGAGGUGGAACACGCUAUGUUCCUGGGCGAUGCAGCGGCACACUGGUACGGUGGUGCUGAGAUGAGGACCCAGCACUGGCCCAUCCGCCUGGACGGCCAGCAGGAGCCUCAGCCCUUCGUCACCAGCGAUGUCUACUCCUCCGGCGCUGCAUUUGGAGGCAUCCUCGAGCGCUACUGGCUGUCAUCGCGUGCAGCUGCCAUCAAGGUCAACGACUCCGUGCCCUUCCACCUGGGCUGGAACAGCACGGAGCGCUCGCUGCGGCUGCAGGCACGCUACCACAACACGCCCUACAAGCCACCUGCGGGCCGCCCUGCCGUGCCAGAGCUCAGCUACCGCGUGUGUGUCGGCUCCGACGUCACUUCCAUCCACAAAUACAUGGUGCGGCGCUAUUUCAACAAGCCCUCGAGGGUGCCAGCACCCGAGGCCUUCCGGGACCCCAUCUGGUCCACGUGGGUGCUGUACGGGCGUGCCGUGGACCAGGACAAAGUGCAGCGUUUCGCCCAGCAGAUACGCCAGCACCGAUUCAACAGCAGCCACUUGGAAAUAGACGAUAUGUACACCCCUGCCUAUGGAGACUUCGACUUCGACGAGACCAAGUUCCCCAAUGCCAGCGACAUGUUCCGCCGUCUGCGUGAUGCCGGCUUUCGCGUCACGCUCUGGGUUCACCCGUUUGUCAACUACAACUCAUCGUGCUUUGGUGAGGGAGUGGAACGCGAGCUGUUCGUGCGCGAACCCACAGGCCGGCUGCCCGCACUCGUGCGCUGGUGGAACGGCAUCGGCGCGGUGCUCGACUUCACACGCCCGGAGGCUCGAGACUGGUUCCAGGGGCACCUGCGGCGGCUGCGCUCACGCUACGCUGUGGCCUCCUUCAAGUUUGAUGCAGGCGAAGUCAGCUAUUUGCCGCGGGACUUCAGCACCUACAGGCCGCUGUCCGACCCCAGCAUAUGGAGCCGACGCUACACUGAAAUGGCACUGCCCUUCUUCUCCCUGGCGGAGGUCCGCGUGGGCUACCAGUCACAGAACAUCUCAUGCUUCUUCCGCCUAGUGGACCGCGACUCGGUGUGGGGCUAUGAUCUGGGGCUGCGCUCACUCAUACCCGCCGUGCUCACCGUCAGCAUGCUGGGCUACCCAUUCAUCCUGCCCGAUAUGGUGGGUGGCAACGCAGUGUCUGAGCGCACAGCGGGCGGUGGCGAGGUGCCCGAGCGCGAGCUCUACGUGCGCUGGCUGGAGGUGGCCGCCUUCAUGCCCGCUAUGCAGUUCUCAGUCCCGCCCUGGCAAUAUGAUGCCGAAGUGGUGGCUAUCGCGCACAAGUUUGCCGCACUGAGGGCCUCGCUCGUAGCGCCGCUAUUGCUGGAGCUGGCUGGUGAGGUCACUGACACAGGCGACCCCAUCGUGCGCCCCCUCUGGUGGAUUGCGCCCGGUGACGAGACGGCACAUCGCAUCGACUCGCAGUUCCUUAUCGGAGACACGCUGCUGGUGGCACCAGUCCUGGAGCCCGGCAAGCAGGAGCGAGACGUCUACCUGCCUGCAGGCAAGUGGCGCAGCUACAAGGGCGAGCUUUUUGACAAAACCCCAGUGCUGCUCACCGAUUACCCCGUCGACCUGGACGAGGUCGCCUACUUCGUCUGGGCAUCCUGACCCAGCCCAGGACCCAGGAACCCCACAGCCCUAACCUCUGCCUUCAUGCAGGCCUUUCACCCUCCAUCACAACCACAUCGUGUAUCCCCAGGACGUCUCCACCUCUGCACCACCCACUAAGUGGGUGCCGACAUAAAUGUGCCCAACCAGCCGGGGUAGGGCCAGGUGAGGGGGCGCUAAAGCAACUUCCCUUUCUAACGCACAAUCCGAAAGACUGUUCCCCUCCACACUCACUCCAGUCUGCCAACUGGAGUGAGGUGGAAGAGAACUUGGAAGGAAAAGGUCAGCUCUCUUCCUGUUACACAUGAUUGUGUUUUAAAAGCACAAAAAGAAACCUUACCCUCCAUCCUGACCUGAAUGGCCAUCUUUGCCCUUCUGAGGUGGGGACUUGAUCCUCUUUAAGGUCCCAAAAUAGCCCCCUGCCACACUUAGAAGGGCACAUUCUUGAUGUUGGAAGCCAGGUCCAGAGUUCCCAGCACUGGCUUGAAGUAUGGCUGACCUGGUCCCACCCCAGCUAGGAAGAUGGGAUGGAGGUGUCGGGGCAACUGACAAGGAGAAAGGAGGUUCCAUCCCAGAGGACAGGAAGACUGGGCAGAGCGCGGAGCCAUCAAUGUUGUCCCUCAUUUGUGAAGAGACUCCUAACACUGCACUUACCGGUCCAUGUAAACACAUGGACUCAGCCAUGGGCCAGGGCUAUGGCCUAUGGGCAAGGACUUGCAAGGCCGUGCAGGCCAGACUUGGUGCCUUAACUCAAGAACCUUUGUGUGUGUGUGUGUGUGUGUGUGUAGAGAGAGAGAGAGGCACCAUGUGUCCCUGAAUCUACGGAAUGAACACAACACUUCUGAAGCUGGAUAAGCCAGGAAAGAGGGGGCAGGGAGCAAAUUGGAGGUUUUGAUUGUUGAGCUGGCCCCUCCUGUUUGAUGUCCCUGGGAAUCUAGUAGGAAAUAAACAGCCCUUUCAAGAUCUCUCAGCUGCUUCACUCCCUGUAUACGUGGCAGGAGUGUAGCCUAAACGGGAGCACUGUUCUUAUUCUGAUGGUGGUGUGCUUUGGCACAUGAGCUCUGUGGGCACAUCAGCACCUGUAAAUACACAUACAGGGUAAGGUCUUUCAUUUCAGCCAUUUUCUCUUUCUAAGAAGAGCAACCUCAGCCAGAGUGAGUUGUUGCUGACUUUGCAGCUGAGUCUGAGGAAGAAAUGGCUUGCCAAAGUGGGGAGGUGGGAAACAGGGCAGGGCUCAGCUUCCCUCAACCCCUAAAGAAUGCAUCCUUUUGCCCACUCCUCCACCCCCUCUAUUUCCCCUAUGUGAAAAAUGCCUAAUGAAAGUUUUGGGGCACUCUCGGAUGUCCAUGUUGAGUGCUGAUUCUACCACUCUUGUCCAUAAGCUGUUUGAUUUUAAGUGAGCUGCUUAACCUUGUUGAGCCUGUUUCCUCAUAUGUAAAAUGGUGAUGAUAAUGCCUACCUCCCAGGUUGUUGUGGGAAUUAUAAGCAAAGAUGUGUGUAAAGUGCCUGGCA